AUGGUUUUCAAGGUUGCUGACAUUUCUCUGGCUGCGUUCGGUCGCAAGGAGAUUGAGCUCGCUGAGAAUGAAAUGCCCGGUCUGAUGUACAUGAGGACGAAGUACGGCGCAGCGAAGCCCCUAAAGGGCGCUCGUAUCGCAGGGUGCCUCCACAUGACCAUCCAGACUGCCGUGCUUAUCGAGACUUUGGUGGUACUUGGUGCUGAGGUCGCGUGGUCAUCAUGCAACAUUUUCUCUACCCAAGACCAUGCUGCUGCUGCUAUUGCUGCGACAGGAAUCCCUGUCUACGCGUGGAAGGGUGAGACAGAGGACGAGUACAACUGGUGCAUUGAGCAGACCCUUUGUGCUUUCUCGGGCGGACAGCCAUUGAACAUGAUCCUUGACGACGGCGGUGAUCUCACCACUUUAGUCCAUGAUAAGUACCCUCAAUUCCUCUCUGGCAUCCGUGGUCUGUCUGAGGAGACUACGACUGGUGUUCACCACCUGUACCGCAAGAUGAAGGAGGGCAAACUCAAGGUCCCUGCUAUUAACGUCAAUGACUCGGUUACGAAGUCUAAAUUUGACAACUACUACGGCUGCCGCGAGUCUCUUGUAGAUGGUAUCAAGCGUGCUACCGAUGUUAUGCUUGCAGGCAAGGUUGCAGUUGUCGCAGGUUUCGGUGACGUUGGCAAGGGUUGUGCUCAAUCACUUGCUGCGUACGGUGCUCGUGUCAUUGUGACCGAGAUUGACCCCAUCAACGCACUCCAAGCUGCGAUGGCAGGCUAUGAGGUCAUUCCAAUGGAGGAGGCUGCUCCCCGCGGCAAUGUGUUUGUCACUACCACGGGCAACCGUGAUAUCAUUACCGGAAAGCACUUCGCUGUGAUGCCAGAGGAUGCCAUUGUUUGCAACAUUGGUCACUUCGAUGUCGAGAUUGACGUUGCCUGGUUGAAGGCCAACUCAACCAGCGUCGUCAACAUCAAGCCACAGGUUGAUCGCUACACGUUGGCGAGCGGUCGUCAUGUGCUUUUGUUGGCGGAGGGUCGUCUCGUCAACCUCGGAUGUGCCACCGGCCACCCGUCAUUCGUCAUGUCCUUCUCGUUCACGAACCAAGUUCUUGCGCAAAUUGCCCUCUGGACCAACUCUGCCGCCUUCCCACUCGGUGUGCACAUGCUUCCCAAGGAACUUGAUGAGGAGGUCGCGCGUGCGCACCUUGAGAAGCUCAACGUGAAGCUUACGGUCCUCUCGACCGAGCAAUCGAAGUACCUCGACAUCCCCGUCCAGGGUCCUUAUAAGCCCCUCCACUACCGCUACUAA